CACAGCAAGCAACAUACGGUCCAGAGAGAAUUAUCAAACUGAGGAAAAGGAGAACAAUUUUUUUUUCCUUAUUAGGACUCGUAUGAAUGUUUCAUGUGGACUCACUGUGACCUGGGAUUAAGUCAGAUUAAGGAUUUUCGUUUGGAAUUAUAAAAAGACUGGAAGAUGUUGCUGAAUAUAAAAUGCAUACUGUGGUUGAUUUGCAUAUACCAAACUACGACUGAAUCUGAUUCUAGCACGUUAUUGGUGAUGCCUCCUGUCAGCGGCUUGUUGUCCGGGAAAGUGACCCUUCCAUGUUUCUUCUCAAUCAACCCCACUGUUGGACCUCGAAACAGAAAUGCCUCCGGAACAGACUACCUGCGCAUCAAAUGGACCAAAAUUGAGGGGGGUGUUGAAUCGACUGUUCUUGUCACCCAAAACGGCGUCAUUAAGAUUGGUCCAGGGUACAGGAACCAUGUAUCUGUGCAGAGUCAUCCAGAAGACAUUGGGGAUGCUUCUUUGACUAUGGUGAAGCUUCGGGCCAGUGAUGCUGGAACAUACCGCUGUGAAGUGAUGUUUGGGAUUGAAGACACACAAGACACAGUCAGUUUGAAUGUUGAGGGCGUGGUGUUUCACUACAGGUCAAAGGUCAGCAGAUACAUUAUGAACUAUGCACAAGCUGUGCAGACCUGCAGCGAUGUUGGAGCUACCAUUGCUACAGCAGAACAGCUGAGAGCUGCUCAUGAGGAUGGAUUUGAUCAGUGUGAUGCUGGUUGGAUAGCAGAUCAAACAGUGAGAUAUCCAAUCACUAGACCAAGGCCAGGCUGCUUUGGAAAUCUACCUGGAAAACCUGGUGUCAGGUCAUAUGGCAAACGCAGGCCCACAGAGACCUUCGACGUGUACUGCUAUGUGGAUAAACUCGAGGGUAAUGUUUUCUUUGCGCCCACAAUGCGUAAGAUGACCUUGGAUGAGGCCAAGGCUGAGUGUGAAAGCAUGAAUGCAGAGCUGGCCUCACCUGGUCAACUCCACGCUGCCUGGAGACAGGGCCUGGACCGCUGUGAUUACGGAUGGCUGUCUGAUGGCAGCGCUCGCCACCCUGUCUCCAUACCCAGAAGUCAGUGCGGUGGUGGUCUGCUGGGUGUCCGCACCAUGUACCGCUACCAAAACCAAACAGGCUUCCCAGAUCCCAGUAUGAGGCUAGGAGCUUACUGUUUCAAAGGUUCUAAGCUUUUAUUCAACCAUUCCUCCUGGGUGGAUAUAACAGUUCAUAGUGGUACCACUAUGGAGCCCACUACUGCAAUCUUUACCACAGGCCAGACUCUCUCCAGUCUCUCUCCUGAGGCCAGUCCAUCUCAUGAAUCACAGGCCACCUCUGAUGAUGACCUCUCUCCAACAGAUGCCCCUUCUAUGUUUUCUACAAGCAUGGCACCACCAAAGACAAGCCACAUCCCUGACAGACAAGAAUCCCUUAUCACACCUCUUGCAGCAUCAGUCAGUGCAAAAUCUGAGGAAGGCUUUCUCACAACAAAACUUCCAGAUUUUGAUAUUAGUGAUUUUGACACUGAGAAGGGUGUUGAUCAAGCAGAAGUCCGUGGAGAUGUGAUCCGUGGAGAACUUACUACUGCAGUUCCCACAGCCAUAGAGGAAUCCAUAGAGGAGACAGAGGACAAGAACAUCAUUAAAGUAAAUACCGUUCUGCCUGAUAUUUUACUCUCAGACACUCUAAGUACAAAACCGAUGUUUGCAGUUGGCAAAACAGAGGAGUCUAUCCUGGUUGGAGUUACAAGAGACAGCGUUUUAGAAUCAGAGGCCACUGAAGUCACAGUAAACACUGAAAAAUCUGGACACAAAACUUUAUUGCCCUCUCUUAGUGAAUCCAUCACAAAAUCUCCAGCACAGAUUCUGAUGCACACAGCUGGUCAGACCAGUGCUGGUAAAGGUAAGGCUGAAUCAGAUGCUUCCACACAGUCAUCUUUUACACUGGCAACAGAGGCCACUUUUCUUGUGAGUGCUAAGUCUACUGUGUUCUCGGAGUAUGAAGAUGAGACUGGGGUUGGUGUUGUUAUGGUGAACCCCCCACCUCUGUCUACACAGAGAUCUACCAGCCCAGAACCUGAACCUCCAGAGACCUCCAGUGGAGUUACCAUCAAUGAUUCUACAGUUACAUCAGCUGUUUUAAUGCAAAGCUCACAACCUGGAGAAUCUAUAGCAACUACAAGAACCUCCAAAUCUACACAGAAGGCAUCUCAAACAUUCACCAGCUCUUCAGAAAGCAAAACUGUUGAACUGACUGGCCAUGUUACAAAGUCACUGGGUUUGACAACACCCAGUUCAGCUACAGUUGCUGCAGGAGCAGCAAAAGCAACACCUUCAUUUAUUGACCAUGAAACAUCACAUGAAGAAGCUACAUCAGACCCUUCAGAGGCAUCCAGGGAGACACUAACAGAGGCCAUGGACACCACCACUGAUUCUGAUCACACAUCAGUUAAUCAAAGUCUGAUGCCUUUUGGAGAGCCACAUUCUCACACUCCCCAGUUGGUAGACAUCCCUGAGAUACCUGAUGAUCUUCUUUCUGUUAAUGGGGAGACUGUUGUGGCAAGUGGAGAUUUAUCUGAUACUCUAUCUGAUACCAUGACCCCAACGGUCAGCUUCAUAAAUGGCAAGUUUGAGGUGACACUUCAGCCUAAAGAUGUGGCAGAAGAAGUUAGAGGAGAUACAUUUGGAAGCCAUUCUCUUGGAGUAAAAAACUUAAGUGAACAAUUAGAAACAACAUUUACAUUUGAUAGUUCAUUAGUAGAGGCUGGUAGAACACCACAUGAUUCACUGGUGUCAGUAUCAUCAGUACUGUCCCCAUUGUUUUCCACAACCCUUGAUCCAGACAUUAAUUUUGGCCCAGGAGGAAUAGUAGUAGAGUCCACUCCGCCAUCACCUCCCAUUGCAACCAGUGAAGAGGAGACACUCAUAUCUGAAGGAGCUGUCAUGCCAAGCAUUUUAACCUCUACCACUGUAAAGGGGCCUUCUGUAAAACCAGUGCUCCCGAAGGGAUUAACAGAUAUUCCUUUGGAUCUUGAUGACACUACUAAGUCAUCUAUAUAUUCCUCAGUGCACAGUACAAGCUCAGUAACAGAGGACAAAGUCAAAGAUACAGUCUAUACAACACAGGUCAUGGGAAUGACAACUCAGAAAGAUGACUCUUUCAAAACGACCAGCUUAACAGAUGCUGAGAUAACAAGAGAUCAGACUACUAAGACACACAGUAGAGAACCUGUUUCCACUUUUGACACUACUGAAACUAGCACAGAACGUACAUUUAUAUCAUUAAGCACUGGGGAUCUAGAUCUUACUGAAAGCACAGAAACAAUCUCUGGGUCCAGCUCAACAGAUGUUGAGGCUACAGGAGAACAGACAACUGAGUCACAUAGUACAAAACCUGUUUCCUCUCUUGACUUCACUGUAACUAGUACCGUAAAAAUAUUUACAUCAUUGAGCACUCGGGACUCAACAGAACAAACAGUCACAAGUCAAGAUAUAUCACCCACAACAACAACCAUAGCUGCUCCAAUGGACAAAGAUCUGUCAGCAAAACAAUCUGAAUCCACUAGCAUUAAUGUUACAGAGGAUCUUUUUUCCUCUGCUCAGACUGGACAUUUAGACGAGACAUUAUCUGAAAGCACUGUAACAAGCACAGAGUCUACAGAGAAGACAACUGCCAAAGAUGUGCUGUCACCAUCACAUUUUACUGUCGUUUUGGCAUCUUCUGAGCCUGAAGCAUCAGGAGAUGAAAUCUCUGACAUGUUCAGCAAGAAUUUCACAACAAGCCCUUCAUUGUACACCACAACCAAAUCAGAACAAGAACUCAGCAAAACACCAUCUGAAACUACAGAAACAAUCUCAGUGUCCAGCUUGACAGAUGCUGAGAUCAGAAAAGAUCAGAUAACUGAGGUACAUAGUAGAGAACCUGUUUCCUUUCUUGACUCUACUGUAACUAGUGCUGUACAUACAUUUUCAUCAUUGAGCCCUGAGGACUCAACAGGAAGAAUCGUCACAAGUCAAGAUAAUACAACACGUACAGGAGCAGUAACUGUGACACAGGCAACAGAACAAUCAAAAAAGUCAUCUGAGUCCACCAUCACUGAUGUUUCAGAGACUCUGUUCCCAUCCACUCGGGCUGGACUUUUAGAUGAGAAAUUAUCUGAAAGCACUGUCAGAGGCACAAUGACUUCAGAGAAGACAACAGUAAAAUAUCAACUGCCACUUUCAAGUUUUACUUCAGUUUUGCCGUCAACAGAGUCUGAAGCUUCAGGAGAUGAAACAUCUGACAUGUUUAGUAAAGAAUUUACAACAAGAAGUUCUUCAUUGCACAGCACAACCAAAUCAGAUUAUGAACUCAGCAAAACCACAGACAGUAUCUCAGGGUCCAACUCAACAGAUGCUGAUAUCACAAGAGAUCAGAGAACUGAGGCACAUAGUAUAGAAACUGUAUCCUCUCUUGACUCCACUGUAACUAGUACUGUAAAUAAAUUUACAUCUUUGAGCACUCAGGACUCAACAGGACAAACAGUCACAAGUCAAGAUAUAUCACAUAGAAUAACAGCCACAGCUAUUCCAAUGGAGGACAAAUCUCUGUCAGCACAACAAACUGAAUCCACUAUCAUUAAUGUUACAGAGGAUAUUUUUUCCUCUGCUCAGACUGGACAUUUUGACAAGACAUUAUCUGAAAGCACUGUAACAAGCACAGUGUCUACAGAGAAGACAACUGCCAAAGAUGUUCUGUCACCUUCACAUUUUACGUUAGUGUUGGCAUCUUCUGAGCCUGAAGCAUCAGGAGAUGAGACCUCUGAGAUGUUCAGCAAGACGUUCACAACAAGUCCUUUAUUGUACACCACAAGCAAAUCAGAUCAAGAACUCAGCAAAACACCAUCUGAAACAACAGAAACAAUCUCAGUGUCCAUCUUAACAGAUCCUGAGAUCACAAAAGAUCAGAUAACCGAGGUACAUAGUAGAGUUCCUGUUUCCUUUCCCGACUCUACUGUAACUAGUGCUGUACAUACAUCUUCAUCAUUGAGCACUGAGGACUCAACAGGAAGAAUCGUCACAAGUCAAGAUAAUACAACACGUACAGGAGCAGUAACUGUGACGCAGGCAACAGAACAAUCAACAAAGUCAUCUGAGUCCACCAUCACUGAUGUUUCAGAGACACUGUUCUCAUCCACUCGGGCUGGACUUUUAGAUGAGAAAUUAUCUGAAAGCACUGUCAGAGGCACAAUGACUUCAGAGAAGACAACAGUAAAAUAUCAACUGCCACUUUCAAGUUUUACUUCAGUUUUUCCGUCAACAGAGUCUGAAGCUUCAGGAGAUGAAACAUCUGACAUGUUUAGUAAAGAAUUUACAACAAGAAGUUCUUCAUUGCACAGCACAACCAAAUCAGAUUAUGAACUCAGCAAAACCACAGACAGUAUCUCAGGGUCCAUCUCAACAGAUGCUGAUAUCACAAGAGAUCAGAGAACUGAGGCACAUAGUAUAGAACCUGUAUCCUCUCUUGACUCCACUGAAACUAGUACUGUAAAUAAAUUUACAUCUUUGAGCACUCAGGACUCAACAGGACAAACAGUCACAAGUCAAGAUAUAUCACAUAGAAUAACAGCCACAGCUAUUCCAAUGGAGGACAAAUCUCUGUCAGCACAACAAACUGAAUCCACUAUCAUUAAUGUUACAGAGGAUAUUUUUUCCUCUGCUCAGACUGGACAUUUUGUCAAGACAUUAUCUGAAAGCACUGUAACAAGCACAGUGUCUACAGAGAAGACAACUGCCAAAGAUGUGCUGUCACCAUCACAUUUUACGUUAGUGUUGGCAUCUUCUGAGCCUGAAGCAUCAGGAGAUGAGACCUCUGACAUGUUCAGCAAGAAGUUCACAACAAGUCCUUCAUUGUACACCACAAGCAAAUCAGAUCAAGAAGUCAGCAAAACACCAUCUGAAACAACAGAAACAAUCUCAGUGUCCAGCUUAACAGACCCUGAGAUCACAAAAGAUAAGAUAACUGAGGUACAUAGUAGAGAACCUGUUUCCUUUCUCAACUCAACUGUAACUAGUGCUGUACAUACUGAGAACUCAACAGGAAGAAUCGUCACAAGUCAAGAUAAUACAACACGUACAGGAGCAGUAACUGUGACGCAGGCAACAGAACAAUCAACAAAGUCAUCUGAGUCCACCAUCACUGAUGUUUCAGAGACUCUGUUCCCAUCAACAAUGACAAUUUCAGUGUCCAGCUUAACAGCUGGUGUACAAGUUGUAAGAGAUCAGAAUACUGAACCAUAUAGUAGAGAACCUGCUUCCAUUCUCUACUCAACAGGAAGAAGCAUCACAAGUCAAGAUAAUACAAAACAUACAGAAGCAGAAACUGUGAUGAAGGAAACAGAACAAUCAACAAAGUCAUCUGAAUCCACCAUCACUGAUGUUUCAGAGACACUGUUUCCAUCCACUCGAGCUGGACUUUUAGAUGAUACAUUAUCUGAAAGCACUGUCAGAGGCACAGUGACUUCAGAGAAGACAACAGUAAAAGAUCAACUGUCACUUUCAAGUUUUACAUCAGUUUUGCCAUCAACAGGGUCUGAAGCUUCAGAAGAUGAGACAUCUGACAUGUUUAGCAAAGAAUUUACAACAAGAAGUUCUUCAUUGCACAGCACAACCAAAUCAGAUUAUGAACUUAUCAAAACCACAGACACUACCUCAGUGUACAGCUCAACAGAUUCUGAUAUUACAAGAGACCAGACAACUGAGACACAUAGUAGAGAACCUGUUUCCUCUCUUGACUCCACUGUAACUAGUAAUGUAAAUACAUUUACAUCAUUGAGCACUCAAGACUCAACAGGACAAACCAUCACAAGUCAAGCAAUAUCACAUACAUCAACAACCACAGCUACUCCAAUGGAGGACAAAGAUAAGUCAGCAAAAGAGUCUGAAUCCACUAUCAUUAAUGUUACAGAAAAUAUAUUUUCCUCAGCUCAGACUGGAAGCACUGCAACAAGCACAGUGUCUACAGAGAAGACAACUGCCAAAGAUGUGCUGUCACCAUCACAUUUAACAUUAGUUUUGGCAUCUUCUGAGCCUGAAGCUUCAGGAGAUGAGACCUCUGACAUGUUCAGCAAGAUGUUCACAACAAGCCCUUCAUUGUACAAGACAACCAAAUCAGAUCUAGAAGACACCAAACCCACACUUACAAUUUCAGUGUCCAGCUUAACAGAUGCUGAGACUACAAGAGAAAAAACUGAUCACUUGUCUUUAAGAACUGACAGUGCCACAAUGACUUCAGAGAACACAACUGGCCAAGAUAUGCAGUCGUCAAUCUCCUCAUUGGACACCACAAGCAAAUCAGACCAAGAACUCACCAAAAUAUCAUCUGAAACAGCAGAAACAAUCUCAGUUUCUAGAUCAACAGAUGCUGAAGCUACAAGAGAUCAGACAACUGAGACACAUAGUAGAGAACCUGUUUCUUUUCUUGACUCUACUCUAACUAGUGCUGUGCAUACAUUUUCAUCACUGAGCACUGGGGACUCAACAGGAGAAACCGUUACAAGUAGUGGAGACAUUUUAGAAAAUGAAGUGGCUGAAGAUGAUGGCACUGACGAAAUAUCCUCUGAUGUUGUAGAAUCAAUACCACACCAUGUUGCACCAUCAGAGGACAAGACAACUGCUGUUGGUUUUGAAUCAACUCCACAACCUUCAGAAAAUGUGACAGCAACAAUAGAUGUUACAGCAACUGUGAGUGGAAAAGCUAUACCAAGCUCCUUUUUUACUCUCACAGAGGUAGAAGUUAGAUCAAGUUACACAACAAUAGAGCCAGUUAGUUCAAGACUCACCUCAGUGUCUUCUAGACCUUCUUAUACUAAUACUGAAUCACAGUUGACUAAACACACCACAAAAUCGAUUAUUAGUCCUACUGCAAUUGGAUCAGGUAAACCUGGUCUCAUUUCAGUGGCAACAGCUGAAUCUGACCACACUGCACCUUCAGCAAUAGUCACUGCUAGUUAUGAAGCUACAUCAGCUCUUCUCAGGACAAAAACACUGUUAACAUCUACUAGCAAAUUCCAAAGCAAGCACACAAAAAUUUCAUCUGAUGCAGAAGAUGAUACAACAGAUGAUGUAGGAUCAGGGGUGUCCCCUGUCAUGCAUGUUUCAUCAGCGGCCAUCAAAACUCAGACUGGUUCUCCUACAGUUCAUAUAACUAGCAUUGGCUCCACAGAAGUAGACAGGGACAUCACUAUAACACAAAAUUCAAUCGCUAUCAUAUCUGCCUCUGUCGAGAGAGAAGGCUCUGGUAUUGAAGAAGAUGACCAAGAAACUACUCAACUCGAUAGUUCUGGUGAAGAGGACAGGGUAAGUCCAACAGAGGAAAUGCAUGACAAUUAUACCAUGCCCACUGAUGACAUGGAAAUCAGUGAGGCUAACCGCACAUCAGAGCUAGUGAGCUUUGUAAGUUCAUCCCAUUCUACGUCCUUCACAACUAAAUCAACAUUGUCUACCAUGGUCCACACAGCAGUGAGAUUUUUAUCUACUGAAGGUAGAGAAACAACAGCUGAAAGUGAAGUGGAUGAAGGCCAUGGCUCUGGUGGUGAAAUAUCACCAGAAGCUCUUGAGUCAAUUCGCCCUGAAGCUGAAACACAUGCUGCAGAACUGACAUCUGAGGCUUUAUUAGUUUCAGCUACACAAAAGAGUACCUUACAGCCAAGCACUCCAGAAACUGACUUAAAUGGGUUUGCAUUAUCAAUCAGUGAGGAUGACAAGGAAUUUACCUCGCCAGGAGAUCCUACUGAUGAAAUAUCUAAAACACUAACAACUAAGGCAUAUGAGGACUUAUCUGUAAGAACUGAUGAGGCAGAAAUUGAUGAGACUGAGGAGAAAACAGGUUUCUCGAGUGCUGCAUCUGUCACUGGCAGUACAGAUUUCAUACAUCAGUCAACUUUAUCACCAUCUCCCUCAUUCCUGAGCUCCACCCAGUCAACUGUUACGUUUACAACUUCACUUUCAGAAGAUGGCAGUGGGGAAGACUCAACUGAGGGGGAUGGAUCAGAAGAUGAUGGAUCAGGUGAUGAUACAACUCCUGUGACAUCUUCACCUUUGCUGUCAAGCUCAAAGAUGACAGAAACAACCAUUAUCAUGACACCCUUUAGUUCAGAGAAAAGUGGACAGUACAGUACAGUCAGAGUUGUUUCACAGGGACACACAACAAUAGAGACGCAGAGUGUGUUUUUAAGCACAAAUGCUGAAGGUUUUGCUCUGAUGUCAGUGACAGCACCAACAGAGCAGGAACAUUCUGGUGCUUCUGUCUCAGAUUUAGCAGGCACUAGCUUUACAGCUCCUGGAACCCCAUCUGGUAUGAUAACCAGCCAAACUAAGUUGCCUUCUUUUGUGACACCUCAAGAUCCCCUGUCCACCGCUACUCCAUUGGUCUUGUCUAAAGACAGUGCUGAUCAGGAAGUCACUCCAACAAGCCCAGUCUUAAUAUUCACAGAGGAGGAGGAAGAUGAAGAUAAGCUGUUUACAACUGUAACAGAAAGUAUGAGAGAUCAUAGCAUCAAACCAGAAGUUUUCAGUAAGGAUGACAUGAUUAUUGAUGCAGAUACUAUGUCUGUUUUAGAGCAGUCUUCUCCCUUCGCCCCUACAAUUGUUACAGAAGAAGCAGCUGGGGUAACCCCAAUUGUCAUGACGGCACAACCCUUAAGCUUAAUGACAGAGGAACCAGAGGGAUCUGGAAUGGAUGGCACUGAGUUACCUCAGUUACAUGUGUCAUUUGAAACCACAACAGACAGGUUAAUAGUUCAACAAACCCAGUCAACCCCAAACAUCCUGCAGAGUAUUUCAACAUAUUUAGAAGAGGAAACACAAGCAACACAAUAUCCUGAGGCUAAUGAAGCUGAUGUACUUGAACACACACAAGAUGGAAAAACCUCCACAGAAACCACAGAAUUUACAAUGGAGACACUGACUGAUGUCUUCUCAGGAGACACUUUGCCUACUGAUGAUUCGAUUCUGGAAACUGCUUUAACCCCCAUGCCAUCUCAAGUGUCCACAGACAGAGUCAUAGAAAUGGCCUCAACUGAAGAGGACCCAUUUGAAGAUGUAUCAACACAAGCUUCCAAGACCAAAAACAAAACAAUGCCACCAACAGCCCUAAAGAGAAAGACAACACCUCUGCCUCUACAUACAAUAUCUUCUGAGGAGGAAGCUUCAAGUGAAUUAUCUGACCAAUAUGAACCAACUCAAACAACUAUGUCCAGUCACCUUUUAACAUCCAUUGCUGUUGCAAGUAGUUCUCUUUAUGCUGAUUCUGUUUCACCUGAAGAGGAAAUUAACUUUACUGGAGAUUAUGUAACAUCUGCCUCAUCAAGUUCUGGAGAAAGUAAUUCUUCACUACAUCUAGAUGAGAUCACAGACACCGAACAACCAGUUUCUCCAGUAUCAGAUUUAGCAAGCACUGCAUCUUUCCAUACUGCAUCAAGUGACAGCAUGACUGAAACGGCCAAAACCACUACAAGUACAUACACCAAAACAGCAGCAACAGAUGAAAAUGACUUAACAGCUGACACAGAGGAAACAGUAUUCAUGACAAGUGUUGAUGACAUUGAAAUCAGUACUGCCUCUAUUGAUAAGGCAAUUCAGGGAAGUGAUUUAACAAGCACAGAUACAUCAUCUAGAUCUGGUAUUUUAGAGGAAACCACAAGUGCAUUAUUUUCUUCAACAGAUUAUGGCUCAGGGGACCAAACAAUUAAAACAGUUACAGUAUUGUAUGAUACAACAAACUCACCUUUAAUAACUGAAGAUGAUUCAGUGACAUCAUCUAUGGAGAUUGAUAUUGUGAUUCACUUUGCAACAACCCCUUUGCACGAAGCAAUUACAGUAACUGAUGGGGAACUAUAUCACCAAGCUUUGUCUGAGAUGACAGUGACACAUAAGCCCAAUGCAGACAUCAGGAUUGAUGAAGACGUGCCAUUCCCAUCAACAACCAUUUCCACACCUCUUAUAUCUAAAUCAAAGUUUAAUAUGACUACAGACAUAGUAACAUUAGUGGGAUCUCCUUCAUCUUCACCCAUACCGGGACUGAAUGACAAAACGGGAGCUCCACUUUUCUCUGAGGAAGAGACAGAUAACAUAAUAGAUUAUGAUACAAAAACUGAACCUUACAAUGUAUAUUCCAUGCCAAAUUUCAUGAACAAAACAGACAUCGACAAUGAGAGAGGCGUAAACAUUAGCUUAGAAGAUGUGACAAGCAUUGAUGACAUCACUUAUCCUGAAGGUGAGAAGAGCUUCUCUACCCCAUCACCUGAUACUGAGACAAGCUUUGAGACCACCUCACUGCCUGAGGUUGAAACUAGCUUUGAGACCACCUUAGAAUCAACAAUUUACACUGAUAUUGAGACCUCCUUAAAACCUGAGGAGGACAGUGCUGACGGAAACACACGAGCAGAAGUUCUUAAUACUGAGACCACCUCACAGCUUGACACUGAAACAAGCUUUGAGACAACCGUGCAACCAGACAUUGAGAGUGAAACUACUUUUGAGAGUGUCUCAAGAACUGAGAGUGAUGCUUUAGUCACCAGGUCACCAAACAGUGGAACAAGUAGUUCAGAGAAAAGCACAUCUAGAGAGGUAAACACCAUAUUAUCGGAUAAGCAUCACACCACAACAAGACUUUCUGAUGUCACAGAUAAAACAAGUUCCACUUCUACAAGUGAAGAAACAUUUUUGGAAGAAAGAGCUGAGCAUAGUACCCGAUUCAAACAAAAUGACAUAGGAUUGAGGACCACCACACAACCUCAAUAUGAUGGUUCUGUAACUUCCAGUAUUUUGAAGAGCAACUCAGAGAAAGAUUCAGUUAUCAUCCCAUCAUCUGAUGAGGUUGAGGCAGUAUUUCUGUCUACUGCAACAGCCUCAACUUUUCUUCUGACACCUGAGUCUGAUAUAAAGAUUGUCAGUAAGGAAACUGCCUCAAGGAAACAAGAAGCAGCUGUUCAAAUUGAGGAAGCUGUAACUUUUUCAACUGAGAUUCCAAUUCAGGAAGAAGCUCAGAUGACAUCAUCAGUACCUACAACCCAAAGUGAGACUGCGAUACCAUUUUCUUCCCAUGAAGAUGUUUCUGAGGCCACUUUAGUUAAAAGCUCACCUUCAAGUGCACAGAAUGAAAGCACAACACACAGCACAGCAGACCUUCCAUACACAAUGAUGGGGCAGACAUUUGAUAUUUCAGAUGUUCAUUCCUGUUCUGAUGAUGUUUGCUUGAAUGGAGGUUCUUGUGUAAAAAUAGUCGGUGCUCAGAUCUGCAGCUGUCCACCUGGAUACAGCGGUGACCAGUGUGAAAUUGACAUAGAUGAAUGUCACACAAACCCUUGUCGUAAUGGAGGAACAUGUAUUGAUGGCCUGAACUCAUUCACAUGUGUAUGUCUUCCGAGUUAUGCAGGAGCACUGUGUGAGCAAGACACCGAAACAUGCAGCUAUGGCUGGCACAAGUUCCAAGGCCACUGCUACAAAUUCUUUCCUCAUCGGCGUAACUGGGACACAGCAGAGCGUGAAUGUCGGCUCCAGGGGGCACACCUGUCUAGUGUCCUGUCCCAUGAGGAGCAGCAGUACAUCAACCGCCUCGGUCAUGACUAUCAGUGGAUCGGUCUGAAUGAUAAGAUGUUUGAGAAUGAUUUUCGGUGGACGGAUGGUAGUGUUGUGCAAUAUGAAAACUGGAGACCAAACCAGCCGGACAGUUUCUUUUCCUCAGGAGAGGAUUGUGUGGUAAUGAUCUGGCAUGAGGACGGCCAGUGGAAUGAUGUUCCCUGCAACUACCACCUCACCUUCACCUGCAAGAAAGGCACAGUGUCCUGCAGUCAGCCUCCUCUUGUCCUCAACGCCCGCACAUUUGGCCUGCUGCGCCCACGCUAUGAGAUCAACUCACUGAUCAGGUACCAGUGCAUGGAUGGCUUCAUCCAGAGGCAUGUUCCCACCAUUCGCUGCAGAGGAGACGGCACAUGGGAUUUGCCAAGGAUAUCCUGCAUGAGUCCCUCCAACUUCCAAAGGUCAUAUGCAAGGUAUCAGACAUACAGAGUUUUUCGCAGUCAUCGGAAGAGAUCAGCAGAACAUUCUGUUGAUAUUUCCCGACGACACCAUCCCCAUGGUGUAAAACACAAUCGGACACAACAACGAUUGCUAUGGUAACACAACCUAAUGCAAGGGCCCUUUUAAUAUUUUUUAAUAGCAUAAGACAGAUCUGCCUGCUGGCUGAGAGAAAAGAUUAUAAAAGAAUAGAUUAUGAAAAGGACCUGAAAAAGGGUCACUGGAUUGAAACAGUGGCUUUUUAUCUUUUAACAGAGAUGGUUUUUAAGAACUGCAUAAAGGUCACAUAUUCAGCUGGCCUCUGAAAACAAAAAGAUUAUCUGACCUGCCCUCCAUCUGUCCCGCUUCUUUUUGGGAAUACACAGUGCCUUCAUAAAUAUAACUCUCAAUCCAGAUGUAUGUGAGCUAUAAUAGUGCAACUAGCAUGAAUAUUAUAGUUCAUGGUAUUUUAGCCUAUAAUCAUAAUGGCAUUUUGAUACACACUUUGUAUUUAGUUUUCUUCAAGUUUACGAGAACAACAGGUGUAUGCAGGCAUCCUGCUGCUUACUGAACAAAUGAGAACUCAUACAUAUGAAUGUGAAAGAAAAUAUAUUUAUAAAGGGAGACUGAGCAAUGGCUCACAUGGAGUCAAUGUUUAUUGUGGAAUAAAAAGGCCAAUACUAUCCUUAAAAAACUGCAUCCAAUGCAGUGAAUGGUUUUGAUAUCUUAAAGUCAACACAAUAUUGUUUAAUACUUUCAAUGCUUUGACUUUGUCGAUUUUUAGGUUAUUUAUAAUCCUCUGUUUGAUGUCUCUUUCAAGUGUUUACAAGGCACAUCUCGAUUCACAUGCAUUAAAUUCUGCCGCCAUUUAUAUCUAUGAACCAAAGAAUCUUACUGUAUUUACUUAACAUCAUUUUCAUCAACUUUUUUGUUUUUUCUCAGACAGUUUAAAACUACUUUAAAGAGAAUGUACUUUGUGAGAUGCUUAAAAGACUUGAAUGAAUGCCUUUUUAACAAGAUGCCUAUAAUUUAUUUCUCGAGCUGCUCCUUUUUCAUUGUUGUAGCAAAAUACAACACACUGAGGAUUUCACUUGGCCAAACUGCACAGUGACAGUGUGUUAAUAGAAUAAUAGACAACAUUUGGAACUCACAGAAUUUAGAUAGAUUUUAUUUUGACAUUUGGGGUAUAUCAAUGGACCAAAUGAAGAGGAUUCAUAGUAACAGCUUUAACAGCAAUUUUUGUUGAACUGGUCAUCCAUUUGUUUUUCCCAAGCAUUUUUUUUUCUCUUUAUGAUCUUUUCUAAUAUGUGUUUACUUGUAUGUUUUUAAUUUUGUGUCCAACCCCCCACCCCCGAAAGUGCACAUAUCUUUUUAUAUUUAUAGUAUAACCUGUUUAUUGUCAAAUGUGAUUGUCUGGAAUGUUUGUGAAAUGGAAAAAUUGUAAGGAACGUUUUCAUGCCUUCUUCGUAAACAAAGUUUAUUAUAUUCUA